UUCAUGGAAUCCCUUGUGAAGCAAAUGUCUGUAAAUCUUAAACGCAUUCACAACUUAGGGAUAAAAAAGGUAGCAGUUGGGUUAUUACAGCCAAUUGGGUGUUUGCCUGUGUUAAAUGUGAUAUCUUUCCGUACGAACUGCAUUGGCCUUUUGAACGUGAUCUCCAAAGAUCACAACAAAAUGUUGCUCAAAGCUGUGCAAGAACUCAACAAGGAAGCAGCAGACAAAUCAGUUUUCAUGACACUGGACCUCUACAACUCCUUCCUCUCUGCAAUUGAAACUAUGCAGAAAAAGCGUGCAGAAAAGUCUACACUGAUGAAUCCGUUGCAACCAUGCUGUGAGGGAAACAAUUUGGAAGAUUCAUGUGGAAGUGUGGAUGACGAAGGAUCAAAGAAAUACAGUUUAUGUGAGAACCCGAAACUUUCUUUCUUUUGGGACACACUUCACCCUUCUCAAAAUGGUUGGUUUGCAGUCUACACCCAAUAG